CCGUGGGUGCUGGUUGUGUGUGUGAGAGGAGAGAGCGAGUUCUCCAGCCCGCAACCUCUCACUAGCUGUUGCUCUUACCGUUUUCGAAUUCGCUGUUUUUAAUCUGUGGCUAAUUUCGUCUUAGCUUCAUUGUCCUUCAGAUUGAUAAUGAAAAUAGCAUUAUUCUUAUUGAUAAUUUCCAAUUUAUAUAAUAAUAUCUAUACUAAUGGAAUGCUAAUUAUAACUAAAGACGUAAUCUUUAGCGUUAUAGGAGCGAGACAAAAGUGUGCGACUACGUUCUCAGCGUUUGUGUUGACGGUUAUCCAGACACAGUAACUGCCGUGAGUUUGUGUACAAUCUGAAGACGCCAGUGACUAGAUUAACUGACUAGAACAACAGAACUUCCCAGUACCAAAUACAGUACAGUGUACCUCUCACCCAUGUACGUACAGUACCUACAUACGUGAGAUAUAUGACACAGAAAUAUAUAUAAAUUAUAUAUGCUCUUCUCAGGUGAAAUACAAUAUAAAAAACUGAUUAAGAAUUCAAGUAUUAUGUGUAUCUCAGGAAAGAAAUUAAAACUGUUAAAGAGUGAAGAAGUAAAGUGAGAAUUUGAACCUGAGGAUGUGUCGCUUAUAGUACUAGACGGUGUGGACCAACAUGGUGAGAAUCUUUCGUACCUCCUGCUGCUGCCGUCCAUUUCUCUGGCUCUUCCUCUGCUGUUGUCUGGGUACGGGCGCUGGCGGCAAAUGGAGAGGUCCUCAGCCGGAGUUCGGAGAGGCAGAGAACACGGUGAAAGUCCAGGAGGGUCAGACUGCCCGGCUGCCUUGUGUUGUGUUACAUCUUAACGACAGGGCGGUGACGUGGCUGAGACGACGAGACCUUCACAUCCUCACUACCGGCCAUCACACUUACUCUGCUGACGACCGAUUCCAGGUGGUCCACAGCCCCGGCAGCGAUCAGUGGACGCUGGUGGUGACCUACGCCCAGUUGAGAGACUCCGGCAUCUACGAGUGUCAGGUUAAUACUGACCCUAAAAUCUUCAGGCCAGUCACACUCAACGUCUUCGCCCCUGAUGACGAUGGAACAACAAAAGCCCCAAAAGAGUCAUCUAAACCGAUUGCGGUGGCCAAGGACGUGUUCGUGGCCAACAACACAGCCUCUACUAGGGACGGUCAUCUGCGGGUAGAAAUCCUGGGGCCACGGGAGGUGUACAUUGAAGAAGGCUCCUCCCUCACUCUAACAUGCCUGGUGACGUCUACUUAUGGCCCAUCUACCCUGGUCUACUGGUACCAUGACACCCGCCUCAUCCAAUACACUUCCUCUAGGGGCAGCAUUAAACUCAAGAUCGACCAUGAGCGGGGGGAGACCAUUGCCCGGCUGGUGGUGGAGACGGUGACGGCUGAGGACUCCGGGAUGUACUCAUGCGUCCCCUCUGGCUCACAUCCCGCGUCCAUCCGCGUCCACGUCCACCAAGCAAAACAAGAGGCGGCAAUACACCAAGCAGGCAUGAACCACACUAGUUCCUCCACCACAAUCACCCCUGUUUCCUUCCUUCCUAACCUCCUCCUUCACCUUCCUUUCCUUCUCUGCCUUCCAUACCUCCACGUACCUGCAUUCUACUCUCUCAAUAACCCCACCAAUACUUUACUCUUCCUUCUCUUCUAUUCCAUUUCUCUAUUUCACUUCCCAGAUACGUAGCGUCUCUCGUAUAACGUGUUCACAUUUUGUUCAAAUAUUUUUAUUAUCUUCCCGUCUGUGUUAUGUUUUACCACCAUGUGCCUCAAAAGCUCACUAUUUAUCGUCUGUUUUUCUUUGUCUUUUUUUUUAUUUUCUUUUUUUUCUUCAGUUUCUUUUAGUUCCUUUGCUGCUUCCCACCUUCACACUCAUCUUUCCUCUUACACCCACUUGAGUUUGUGCAUUUUCUUUACCUUCGUCUUUUCUUUUUUUGCUUGUUUCUCUCCCUUUCCCCUUAAUUAGCAUUUCUUCCUGCCACAUCUGGUCUGUUUACCUUCAUUCCUCCUAAACUUCAAAUAACCCGAGGCUGAUGUGAGAGGCAAGGGACACAAGAAGGAGAUUCAGUGACUUUGUUUUCAUGUUUAGUAAGUUUUUUGAUGAGUUACAAUUGAAACCUUCGAGUGAUUCAUACUUUGGAAUUGUGUGGUUAAGAAGAAGUGGAUGGAAGGGAAAUAAGAUUUAGGCAGCAAAUACGAGUUUCGAAUAAUUAUCAAAAUACACCUAAGUUAUUGGUUAUGAUCUACGAGAAUAUUGGCUACCUUAAAGGAAAUUGAAAGAGCAUGAGUUACAGGCUCGUAGAAUUUAAGGAGCACCUCUCUCUCUCUCUCUCUCUCUUUCUCUCUCUCUGUCUCUCUCUCUUAUCAAAAGAUGAGAAAACACUGAAGUUAUCACAGAAACAAUCAAAACUUCAUUUGGGUUAAAAUUUUGAUACCUGAAACAUAUUUCUUUUCAAUUGAUGCACAGGAGUUGUCCAUCAUUUUGCCAAUUAAAGUAUUCACCUCAUCUUUGUUUUCUCUAAGAAAAAAGUCACAGUGUUCAAUUAAACGUCUACGGGCGAAAGUGUCUCUACUGUACUUCAUAUCGACAUUAGAACAAGAUUUAUUUUCCAUCAUAAGAAUCUCGCGCAUGUAUCACGACUUACGAAAGGAAAAUCAGAAAAAAAUUAAAAAAAAAUCCUUGAGUUCAGGCCACUGGUAGUUGACGAAGCUGAUAAAUAACAACACAAAGCAGUGAAGGAAAAAAAAAUCAGAAAGUUUUUCCUCCAAACAGCGAGGAUUCAGAAACGCCGAAGGAGAAAUAUUUAACUACAACACUUGUCAGCACGAGCGUUCACUGAUAUAAUAUAAUAACAACAAAAGAACACAGCGAAAAAAGGCUGAUAAGAGCUGGAUAUCUGAAAUAAAGAAACCACAAGAAAAAUGGAGAAAGGUUUUAAGACGAAACACCGGAAGGGAAACACGAUACAGGAGAUGGGAAAUACAAUUAAAAGAAGAGUUGAAAAUAACAAAGUAUAAGAAAUACACCUGACAAGGAAAGAACUGCACAAUGAGGCUGACUUACACUCACUGAUUGGCCCACGUCUGUAUGAUGACCAAAGCCCUCUAAUGUUGUUUCUUCUUUCCUUCUCGUUAAAACAAACAAACAUCCUCGGAAUUAAAUGUCUGAGUUGUUUCCCUUUUCCCGU